AUGUCUUUCAAGAACGACAAGUUCCCCGCCUCCGCUGCCUUCGACGAGAUCAGCGCGGCCCUCACGGCUAGCGAGGCCGACCGCAAGGACGCCAUCAAGCAGGGCGGCGCCGUCUUUGCCUUCACCCUCAAGAACAAGGCUGGUGAGACCGAGAGCUGGCACAUCGACCUGAAGGAGAAGGGUGCCGUCGGCAAGGGCACUGGCGAGAAGCCCAACGUCACCCUCUCCCUCUCUGAAACCGACUUCGGCAACCUCGUCGCCGGCAAGGCCAACGCCCAGCGCCUCUUCAUGUCUGGCAAGCUCAAGAUCAAGGGCGACAUCAUGAAGGCCACCAAGCUCGACCCCAUCCUCAAGAAGGCCCAGACCAAGGCCAAGCUCUAA